CACAGGAUGUAGAUCGUGUUACAUGCAUGUACAUGUAUUUGUUUAUUCCGGGCCAAUAGUCCAACUUGUUAAUUGAAACAAUUUAUUUCCUUUAGUAUCUUGGGAUCAUGGCAGUGAUGAAAAAGAUUGACGUGGUGCUGCUCCUAGCUGUGAUAGGACUCACCUUCGUAGGAAUUAUCGGCCUUUACAGAAACCCGAUGCCAUUGGUGUUCAGCCGACAUGGACAGGUACCAGGAUAUAGUUUGCUCUCCAAGAUCAAGGACAUUUUUCGAACCGGACCUGAUACUGCCGCUGCCACCGGGACUGCCACGCCGAAAAGGGUGCCGUCAUCAUUCAAAGUGACGGCUGGUAGCAGUUGGGCUGAACUGGGAGGCUGCGGCACGUUCACCACUAGUUCUCCUCUCUACGCGGAAUGGAUGGCGGCACCAGAUAUUCAUGGUAUUGACCAAAACCCUUUCAACGCAAUCAGUCAAUUCCAAAUAUUUUUCAAAAAUGACUCAAUAGACCAUUCGAUUUUUAGUGCGGUGCCGCAACCUGAAGACAUAAAAUACGUCGUUCCAAACAUUCAGCACUAUGCUUGGUAUUCGAAUUAUAAAGCCAACAAGACAAACUUACGAUUCCAUCACUAUAUGAGCAUAUUGAGCUCCCAGAAGUUCAACAAACCCAACUGUGUGUAUUUCUGGUACGAAGAUGAACCGACCGGAAAACUCUGGGAUCUGGUCAAAAGGAAUGUACGAAACUUGAUCCUGGUUCAUCGCGUAGGUCCUACAUCUAUUUACGGCCGAAAGGUAAAUGUUCCAGAACACAAAUCGGAUGUUGUCAGACUCGAGGCAGUGAUAAAGUACGGUGGAAUCUAUACGGAUUUGGACGUCAUGAUUUUGAAACCGUUCACAGAUCUUCGCGUUUAUGAUGUCACGAUGGGCUACGAAUCGUCGGGAAAAGGCAAUACGGCUCUGUGCAAUGGAAUAAUGGUGACAAAACCAAAUGCUACAUUUCUGCAAAUUUGGCAUGAUAAGUAUAGAACUUUUGAUGAUUCGAAUUGGGGUCAUCAUUCGGUGGCAUUGCCAGCUAUAUUGGCGAAGGCUCAUCCGAACUUAAUCCACACUGAAAAGGACACUCUAAACAGGCCUAAUUACUUGGAACGGGGCUAUCUAUACAAUAAAGGGAUGUUCUGGAACUGGAGUAGGAACUACGCCAUCCAUCUCUGGUUCAGAUUCCACAAUCAGGAGCAUAAUGAAGAGGACAUUAAAGACAUUAACACGACCAUGGGACAGUUGUUUAGGUAUAUACUAUAUGGUAAAAUGGAACUGAUCAAAAGCAAUGAAAUCGUUACUCCGUACAGUCCUUAAUAUGACAAUAUGCAGGUUUCCGCAACCCCUACGAACGACGAAGUACAAACUACGAAGAUCUGUCAUGUCAUCAAGUCCUGCAGUGCUACACUCUGAAAAGUAAUCAGUAAAAAUAACUAUUUUACAGUCAUUUUUAGUACUGGUAGUUCCCACUGCAUCGACAGGACUGUGAAAUUAGUUGCUUUAAUUCUCGAAAUAGUGAAUUCUAAACCAUUUAAUUGAGUUUUAUUUGUACUAA